AUGCAGUUGCGUGGGAAGAUCGUCAUAUUUCUCGCUGCUCUUUCUCUUGUUUUUAUCAUGAGGAUGAUACCCCUCUCCUCGCGCCAUAAGUUUCAACAGAUCACAUUCAAUUCAAAUGACCAAUUUGAUAGCAAUGGAUAUGCAGUUCAACGGGAGUUUGUUCCACCAAAAGACGUUUUACUUGAUCGCACCAUCUUCCAAGAGAAUUACACUUCUGGCGAAAUUCGUCGCCUCAAUACCAUUCGCGACUUUUCAAAUGGCGUUUCAAUCGAAAACGCAAAACGUCCAUUUACAAGUCUUUCACAGUUCCAAUUGAAUUUUGAUGGGAAGUGCAGCGAAGUUUUCAAAUAUAGUUCACACACCCCUCGCGAUUUGAUAAUAUAUGGCUUUCAGCAAAUGACUUAUGACAGUUCAAAACUCCGAUUUGAUGAAAUGUUGCGGAACAUGGACGUUGUAUAUUCUUCUCUUCGUUCUUCAAUGCCAAACGUCACUGUCGUCGUCUUAACAUUCACUCCAAUUGAUUCCUCCACUCGACUUGUAUUUGACAAGUAUCAUAUCAAAGUGUAUAACGAAUAUACAUACAAAGACUAUAACGGCGCAAAUGCUCGUGUUCUCUCGAUCGGCGAUUUCCUUACGCGCCACAAGGAAGACUUUGACCGAGUGGUCUUUGCUGAUACGCGCGAUGUCUUCUUUUUCAAUGACAUCUUCAAGACGUUCGGUGUGAACGACUUAAUCUUAAAUAACGAAUGCAAAAGACUGAACAAUCAAAACUGUCUCAAACUUCUCCAAGGCGACACAUCAUACAAGUGGUUCAAAGACUCGUACUCCGAAAGCCUCGCAAACGAAUUUCGCAUGAAAAACGUCGAUACGAUAAAUGUCGGACUUGCCUUCGGUGGGAUCCUAAAGAUGACAAAGUACUUAAAGACACUCACAAAGUAUUUCGACACAUCGAAGAAAGCACUUUGGGGGUAUGAAACAUCUCUUGUGAAUUACUUGUACUACUCCAAUAGACUCGACGAAGUUAAUAUCACUAUAGAUGGGUGUAACCAGAGGUCGUGUUUCAUGUUGGAGAAGCCAGCAGUCAGUUUGGGUCGGAACGAGGAGGGAUAUUACUUGGAAGAUGGGUGUACACCUGUUGUUGUGCAUAAGGGACUACCCGAUUCGUGGUUACAAAGAAAAGGAGAUACGUAUGUGUAUCACUGGUCAUUACGGUGA